AUGACUCGAUUGAGAGUUUAUGAGCGAUUACUUGGAGCCUAUCUGCUUAUCAUUCUCCAUGUUGAAGGUCAAAAUCUACACAACAUGCUUCAUGGCACAGGAAUGAAGACAAAUUCUGACCAAAAGAAACAAGCAAAUGGAGUAACACUUGCUCCAGAGGACACUUUACCUUUUCUUAAGUGCUACUGCUCAGGACAUUGUCCAGAUGAUGCUAUUAAUAACACAUGCAUAACUAAUGGGCAUUGCUUUGCUAUCAUUGAGGAAGAUGAACACGGAGAACCCACUCUUGCUUCUGGCUGCAUGAAGUAUGAAGGUUCAGACUUCCAGUGCAAGGACUCACCUAAAGCACAAUUACGUCGAACAAUUGAGUGCUGUCGGACUGAUUUCUGCAAUCAGGAUUUACAACCAACCUUGCCACCACUUGAUAGUACAGAUGGACUUUUUGAUGGCAGCAUUCGUUGGAUGGCAGUGUUGAUUUCUAUGGCAGUCUGCAUAAUUGUCAUGAUCAUCUUAUUUAGCUGCUUUUGUUACAAGCAUUACUGUAAAUCAAUGGCAAAGAGGCACUGUUAUAAUCGUGACUUGGAACAAGAUGAAGCAUUUAUUCCAGCUGGGGAGUCAUUAAAAGACCUUAUUGACCAGUCACAGAGUUCUGGGAGUGGCUCAGGACUACCGCUGUUGGUUCAGCGCACUAUUGCCAAACAGAUUCAGAUGGUGAGGCAGGUUGGAAAAGGACGAUAUGGUGAAGUGUGGAUGGGCAAAUGGAGAGGUGAAAAAGUCGCAGUGAAAGUGUUUUUCACCACAGAAGAAGCCAGUUGGUUCCGAGAAACAGAGAUUUACCAAACUGUUUUAAUGCGUCAUGAAAACAUCCUUGGUUUCAUAGCUGCAGAUAUUAAAGGCACUGGCUCCUGGACACAGCUUUACUUGAUUACAGAUUAUCAUGAAAAUGGAUCAUUGUAUGAUUUUCUGAAAUGCACUACGCUAGACAACAGGGCUCUCCUCAAACUGGCGUAUUCUGCUGCCUGUGGUCUGUGCCAUCUUCACACAGAAAUCUAUGGGACACAAGGCAAGCCUGCUAUUGCACACAGGGACCUGAAGAGUAAAAACAUCUUGAUAAAGAAAAAUGGAACCUGCUGCAUUGCUGACUUGGGUCUUGCAGUCAAGUUUAACAGUGACACAAAUGAAGUUGAUGUUCCGUUGAAUACUAGAGUGGGAACAAAGCGUUACAUGGCUCCAGAGGUCCUAGAUGAAAGCUUGAAUAAAAACCAUUUCCAACCGUACAUCAUGGCUGACAUCUACAGUUUUGGGCUGAUCAUUUGGGAAAUGGCUCGGCGCUGCAUCACAGGAGGUAUUGUUGAAGAGUAUCAGUUGCCAUACUAUGACAUGGUGCCAAGUGAUCCAUCUUACGAGGACAUGAGAGAAGUGGUUUGUGUCAAACGCCUACGCCCAGUAGUAUCAAAUAGAUGGAAUAGUGAUGAAUGUUUAAGAGCAAUAUUGAAAUUAAUGUCUGAAUGCUGGGCUCAUAAUCCUGCUUCAAGGCUCACUGCCUUGAGAAUCAAGAAGACGCUUGCCAAGAUGGUGGAAUCACAGGAUGUAAAGAUUUGACAUAGUAAUUUGACAUUGGAGAGCAAAGCUGGACUCCUAGAUCUUUUCACUCAAACAUGGGUGAGACCUAUGUGGAAAGAGGAAAUAACUGAGAUUCAGUUUAUUUUCUCAGCACACUUCUACAGGCUGCUAAUCAAAUCUUUCAGUACUUAUAGACUGUGAUACUGAGAACCUCUAUACACUACAUGCUACGUAUAUGGACAGCCUUGAUAAAAUACACGUUUUGUUUUUGUUUGAGCUGCAUUGAGACUUCAGUCAUAUUUAGUGAGUCUC